GGCCCAGCUCGUCCACGCCCCACAACCGGCACCCCGCGCCCGGACCAUGUCGGUGGCCGACCAGGCCUUCGUCACACUGGCCACCAAUGAUGUCUACUGCCAGGGGGCGCUGGUCCUGGGACAGUCACUGAGGAACCACCGGACCACCAGGAAGCUGGCGGUGCUGAUUACACCUCAGGUGUCCCACCUGCUCAGGGUCAUCCUCUCGAGGGUGUUCGAUGACGUUAUUGAGGUGAACCUGAUACGCAGCGCAGACUACAUCCACCUGGCCUACCUGAAGAGACCUGAGCUCGGGGUCACCCUCACCAAGCUCCACUGCUGGACCCUCACCCAUUACAGCAAGUGCGUCUUCCUGGACGCGGACACGCUGGUGCUGUCCAAUAUCGACGAGCUGUUUGACCGGAGAGAGCUGUCUGCAGCCCCAGACCCAGGGUGGCCAGAUUGCUUCAACAGCGGCGUAUUUGUCUUCCAGCCUUCUCUCGAGACGCACAGCCGACUGCUGCAACACGCGGCCAACCAUGGCAGCUUUGAUGGGGCGGACCAAGGCUUACUGAACAGCUUCUUCAGUAGCUGGCCAACGGCGGACAUCCGCAAACACUUGCCCUUCAUCUACAACCUGAGCAGCAACGCGGCUUACACCUACGGCCCUGCCUUCAGACAGUUUGGUUCUGGCGCAAAGGUGGUGCACUUCUUGGGGUCCACCAAACCUUGGAGCUAUAAGUACAACCCGCAGACCGGCUCCAUCGUGCAGGACGGCUCGGGUGCGGACACCCCACACCAGCUGGCAUUUCUGAAUCUCUGGUGGGGGGUCUACCACAGCAGCGUCCUGCCUCUUUUGGAAAAUCUUAGAGACGUGGACGAGCACGCAGCCCCCGGACACCAAGUUUCCCCAGGUGGCAUUGGGGAGCCGUGUGCUCGCUCAGUGUCAGGUGCCAACGAGCCCUCACCUGUUCAGAGCCCCCCAGCGGAGACCGUGGUGGUGGACGAGACCCCGCCCUGCCCCGUCGGGUGCCAUCUGGAAGACCCAGUGGAUAAAGCUGAGAGCAGCCCAGAGGAGGACAACUUGGAACCCUGGCAGGACCCCCGUGUCCAGACCCCAAAGGACCCAGCUCCGCAGGACACAUUGCAGGUGGUCGACCUGGCCGUUUCUGUCUCCGAGAUCUCCAUCCGGGAAAAGGUCAGAGAACUGAGUCCGGAGGAAGAGCGGAAGAAAUGGGAAGAGGGACGUAUUGACUACCUGGGCAGGGAUGCCUUCGCUCGAAUUCAGGAGAAGUUGGACCGCUUUCUGCAGUGAUCUGUGCAGCUGUGUGUGUGUGUGUGUGUGUGUGUGUAUGCCUUCGCUUGAAUUCAGGAGGAGUUGGACCGCUUUCUGCAGUGAUCUGUGCAGCUGUGUGUGUGUGUGUGUGUGUGGAUGCCUUCGCUUGAAUUCAGGAGAAGUUGGACCGCUUUCUGCAGUGAUCUGUGUAGGUGUGUGUUUAUGUGCGUGUGUGUGUGGUCAGAGACUAUCUUGUUGCCAUGGUUCUGUUACUCGGACAUCUCCUAUCCUAAAGGGAAACGCUGUUAAACCACGUGCCUCUACUUAUGGUCGACCAACUUGAGUGCCUAGGAAAAUCACAUCGGAAAUAAAAAACCCAGCCCACUGCUGAUCCGAGUGACAAACAACCUCCAGGCUUUCCGGAAAGGCCGAGUCUGUCUUUUCACCUUGUGGGCAGAGUGAGCAGGAGUGAGCUUCUAACAGAGUUCCGGCAGGGCUUCCCUGGGUGGCACAAAUGAUGAAGUGCUUGACUCCUAACUGAAAGGUUGGAGAUUUGAACCGACGCAGAGGUGCCUGGAAGGAAGGCCCGGCAGUCCACUUCUGUAAACCCCAUGGAGCACAGUUCUACCUUGACACUCAUGGGGGCGCCCUGAGUCAGAGAUGACUUCAUGGCAACAUUUUUUUUUUUAUGUGUAGUUAAACAUUUCCCUGCAAAUUUCCUUCUGCCGCUAAGCUACUGACACUUGUCCAUGUAUUCCGUAUGUUGAAACCCGAAAGGAGCAGACGUUUUAUUCCCUGCGGUUUUCAACAUACGGAAUACAUGGACAAAAACGUCUGCUCCUUUAGGGCUAAGUUAGCAUCCAGAUGUCCUCUUUGACUGACGCUCAUUUAGUCGCGGUGUAGCAUGUCUGAGAACCACCAUGGUGGCUGUCCGCUCAGCUCUGAAAUCUUUCAGGAUUCCCGGUGCCUUUGAUGGGAACUCAACUUGGGAAAUGCCAGAGAAAUCUGGAAGGAUGAUUUUAACAGGCAUGGUGGUGAUGUAAUCUCGUCUAAAUUUACUGACUGGUUUAGAAGCACUCAGGACCUUACCCUAAAUGAUUCUGGACAAGAGUCCCUCGGUAGCACAAAUGGGUAAACACUUGGCUGCUCACCAAAAGGUUGGAGGUUCGAGUCAGUCAGAAGUGCCUUCUAAGAAAGGCCUGGCAAUCUACUUCUGGGAAAUGGCCCACUGAAAACCCUGUGGAGCACAGUUCUACUCUGACACAACAUGGGGUCGCCAUGAGUCGUAAUCGACUCAAACGGCCACUGGUUUUAGUAGGAUUACUGUAUUUUUAUGAAAAUAAUGCAGCAACAUGUAAAACAAAAAAAGGGCAUAGCAGUGCCUAUGAAACUAUCUCAGGGUGGAGGAGGGCACGGCUGGCAAACACACACAGAAGGCGUGCAUUAUUUUCAUAAAUAUACAGUACGUGGUCUAGUUUGCCUUGUCGAACUUCAUUUUUAAUUACACCACCCAGAGACACCUCGGAAGAAAGGCCUGGCAAUCUACUUCCAAAAAAUCAGCCAUCAAAAACCCUGUGGAGCACAGUUCUACUCUGACACACAUGGGGUUGAUAUGAGUCAGAAUCCACUCCAUGGCAACUGGUUUGGUGUGGCGUUUUUUGUUUGUUUGUUUGUAAUUUCAAUCAACAGCUCACUCAUAGUAACAGGAUUUGGAGACAUUCUUCAUUUAAAGAUAAGCCAAUCUGUGGUCAAUUUGAUGGCAAUUUGGUUGGCCUAGCUUGCUAUCUCUCAGCCUCACUACCUCAGUCUAAAUGACCUUUGGAGCCACUGUGUUCUCCAAGCCGUUCAACCCAGCUCUCUCAGGAGAGUUCUCCGUUUUAUAAGGCCGGACACUUUAUUCCACGGGGGAGCCUCGUCUUCAGAAAUAUCCUAGUUUUCU